AGGGAGGCAGCCGAAGGGCCAGUCAUCUCCUCACAUCUUUUUCUGCAUCUACCACAAUCCCCCUUUAUCCGUCCUGUAUGGUGGAUAUUAUUUUCAGCUCUUCUUUCUUGGGUGAUAUGGGGGAUCAUUCCAAAAAGAAGCCAGGAUUCGCGAUGUGUGUCGGAUGUGGAAGUCAGAUCCAUGACCAGUACAUCCUGAGAGUCUCUCCCGACCUGGAGUGGCAUGCAGCCUGCCUGAAGUGUGCAGAGUGCAGCCAGUACCUGGAUGAGAACUGCACUUGUUUCGUCCGGGACGGAAAAACCUAUUGCAAAAGAGAUUAUGUAAGGUUGUUUGGAAUAAAAUGCGCAAAAUGCAACCUGGGCUUCAGCAGCAGCGACUUGGUGAUGCGAGCCCGGGAUAACGUUUACCACAUCGAGUGUUUCCGGUGCUCGGUGUGCAGCAGGCAGCUGCUGCCGGGAGACGAGUUCUCUCUGCGGGAAGACGAGCUGCUCUGCCGGGCAGACCACAGCCUGCUGCUGGAGAGGAGCUCCGCAGGAAGCCCCAUCAGCCCGGGACACAUCCACUCCAACAGACCGCUGCACCUGGCAGACCCGGUCACGGUGCGGCAGGCCCCGCAUCGGAACCACGGCCACAAGCAGUCUGAGAAGACGACCCGGGUCCGGACGGUGCUGAACGAGAAGCAGCUCCACACCCUGCGGACCUGCUACAACGCCAACCCGAGACCGGACGCCCUGAUGAAGGAGCAGCUGGUGGAGAUGACCGGACUCAGUCCCAGAGUCAUCCGGGUCUGGUUCCAGAACAAGCGCUGCAAAGACAAGAAGAGGAGCAUCCUGAUGAAGCAGCUCCAGCAACAGCACCACAGUGAUAAGACUGUAAGCAUCUUUAACCUGCAGGGCCUCACAGGGACGCCUCUUGUGGCUGGGAGUCCUAUCCGACAUGAGAGCUCCAUGCAGGGAAACCCAGUGGAGGUUCAGACAUACCAGCCUCCAUGGAAAGCCCUGAGUGAGUUCGCCCUGCAGAGCGAACUGGACCAGCCAGCCUUCCAACAACUGGUGUCUUUCUCUGAAUCGGGCUCUCUUGGAAACUCCUCAGGCAGCGACGUGACUUCUUUGUCCUCUCAGUUACCGGACACCCCCAACAGUAUGGUACCCAGCCCGGUGGAGACGUGAAAGGGGGCCCCUCAGACCUCCUGUUGGUCCCCCCAAACCUCCCUCCUAUCCCUCCUGCAAGGACGUUUUGCAGCAUGAUCCCGGUCCCCUGCAUGUGACCAGCUCAUCACAUCGCCCAAACUACAGAGAGGAGAGUGUUUUUUCUUUAUUAUUUCAUGACAUGGAGGAGAUGGAAACCAAGAAAGCACCGAUUGACUCCAAGUUUUUUUUUUUCUGGAGCUGUCAUUGACAAAAACUAACAAUUGUUGCAUGACUUGACGGAGAGAGAAGAUGUACAGAAGAACCUCCCUGAUGGAUAUACUACUACAACAACAAACCUUCCACUCAAAAACAAAAAAUGGAAACAUUUUUUGGAAACAGAUGGACAUUGUGCGAGUUCAUUGUGAUCAUAAUUGUGUCUUUGUUUCUUCAACAUGAGACAUUUUUUGAUACAUUUAUUGCGUUUUUGUGGAGUCCCGUUGACUCUUUUGUCUUACAAAGGUCAGAGCAUGAUAAUCUGCUAAUUAUUCGUGUUGUAAAAAAAUACUUUAUCUUAAGGGGCAGGUUGUUUGAGCUUCUCGAACAAAAAAAAGUAAAUUAUUGUUAUAUUAUUUAUUGGUAGGAAAGCGAUUCGUAAAGGGAUUAUUAAAUGAUAAAAAAAGAAUAAUAAAAAAAACAAGCUGAAUACA